UCAGACCAAACUAACGACUUCUUUCAGCUGCAGGAGAGAAAAGAGGGAAACUACAACACUGCUGCUUCAACCGGCUGACACACUGAACCUUCACUCAGAGACAACAUGGCUUCCCCAACAGAAGAGGAUCUCAGCUGUCCGGUCUGUUGGGAAGUCUUUAGAGAUCCGGUUGUCCUGUCCUGUAGCCACAGCUUCUGUAAUGACUGUCUGAAGAGAAGGUGGAGAGAGGAACCAAGUCAGAACUGUCCAGUUUGUAAGAGAAGAUCCUCAAAGUCAGAACCACCUUUAAACAUGCCGUUAAAGAACCUGUGUCAGUCCUUGUUACUGGAGAGAGACCAGAGAGCUUCAAUGGGAUAUCCACCUUUAAACCUGCUGUUGAAGAACCCGGAUGAGUCCUUGUUACUGGAGAGAGACCAGAGUGCUUCAAUGGGAUAUCCACCUUUAAACCUGCCGUUGAAGAACCCGGAUGAGUCCUUGUUACUGGAGAGAGACCAGAGUGCUUCAAUGGGAUAUCCACCUUUAAACCUGCCGUUGAAGAACCCAGGUGAGUCCUUGUUACUGGAGAGAGACCAGAGUGCUUCAAUGGGAUAUCCACCUUUAAACCUGCCGUUGAAGAACCCGGAUGAGUCCUUGUUACUGGAGAGAGACCAGAGUGCUUCAAUGGGAUAUCCACCUUUAAACCUGCCGUUGAAGAACCCGGAUGAGUCCUUGUUACUGGAGAGAGACCAGAGAGCUCCAGAGACUCUCUGCAGUCUGCACUCUAAGAAACUCAAGCUCUUCUGUCUGGACCACCAGCAGCCGGUGUGUCUGGUCUGCAGAGAUUCAGAGAGACACACCGACCACAGAUUCAGACCCAUCGAUGAAGCUGCAGAGGAUCUCAAAGAGGAACUUCAGGAAAUUCUGGAGCCCUUAAAGAAGAAGUUAAAGGUCUUGGAACAAGUCAAAGUGAAGUCUGACCUGACAGCAGAGCACAGGAAGGUCCAGGCCCGCCGAGCAGAGAGCCAGAUCAAGGAUCAGUUUAAGAAGCUUCACCGGUUUCUAGAGGAGGACGAGGAGGCCAGGUUGGCUGCACUGAGGGAGGAAGAGGAGCAGAAGAGUGGGGCGAUGAAGGAGAAGAUGGAGGCCCUGAGCAGAGAGAUCGCAGCUCUCUCAGACACAGUCCGAGCCACAGAGGACGAGCUGAGAGCCGAAGACGUCUCGUUCCUCAACGCCUACAAGGCUGCAGUGGAAAGAGUCCAGCGGCGCCCCCUGCUGGAGGAUCCACAGCUGCUCUCAGGAGCUCUGAUGGACGAGGCCCAACACCUGGGCAACCUGCCCUUCAACAUCUGGGACAGCAUGAAGGACCUGGUCUCCUACACUCCCGUGGUUCUGGACCCGAACACCGCUCAUCCAGAACUCGUCCUGUCUGCAGACCUGACCACCGUGACAUUUGGACCAAGACAGGAGCUUCCUGGCAAUCCAGAGAGGUUUGAUUCUGUUCCUUCUGUUUUGGGCUCUGAAGGAUUGACCUCCGGGACUCACAGCUGGGAUGUGGAGGUAGGAGACAGUACCGGCUGGUUCCUUGGUGUGUUAGCAGAGUCCGCCCAGAGAGAGGAGCUCCUGCAGUCUGGUUUAUGGACCAUAGGGUUCUACGAGGGUAAAUACUCGUCCCUGUCACCAUCAGCUCCCGUCCCUCUUCCUCUCGCCGUGCAGAAGGACCCUCAGAGGAUCAGAGUGCAUCUGGACUGGAACAGAGGAACGCUGUCCUUCUCUGAUUCCGACAGCAACGCACACGUACACACUUUCACACACACGUUCACCGAGACCAUGUUUCCAUUCUUUGACACUAAGGACAAACUGAAUAUCUUACCAGUGAAGGUCAGUGUGACGGUGGAACAGAGCACACACAGAACCAUGAAGGUGGCACCUUGAACAGAAGUGGUUCUUCAGAGUGAUUUCAUAAAAGAACCAUUUCUAGUUCCACAACAAACCUAUAAAGGUGUCUCAAAGAACCCUCAAAAAAUGGUUCUUUAAGGCCCAUUUCUGGUUCCACAAAAACCUUUCAAACCAGGUUCUUUAAAGAACCAUUUCCUUAGAUAGUUCUUCAAAGAACCUAUAAAGGUGCCUCAAACGAAAAAAUGGUUCUUCAGUAGGCAAUGGUUCUUUGUAGAACCACAAAGCCUUUAAAGAACCAUUUAAGAACCCUUACUAUUCUGUGUGCCGUUAGCGACAAAGAGGAUGAGAAUAUUCGUGAUGUUUCAAUGAAUUUAACCUGUUGCGCUGCACCGGUCCUCCUGCGGGAUUAUUAAUCUAAAGAAAUGUUUAUCUGGGGUUCAGUCAUCGUUUUUUCCUCGAUGUAAAUUGAGAGUGAAAUUCGAGCCCGCUGUUAUUAUCCCACUUUGAUUUCCUUUCAUUGACAAUUAAUUGGUACAUUUUGAUUACGUUGAGUUGGUGUAAUUCUAGGAUCCAGUCGAGUUGCUGCCAUGAAGUUUAGUCGUGUUUGAAUAUCCGGAUGCUCUGACUUUGUCGCUCUACUCUUUUGAUCCAGUAGUUACUGUAAAUGUUACGCACUCGCUGCCUGUAAUCUACGAUUCUGAUGACAUUUAUAGAUGCAUCAUGUCUUCAGUACGUCAUCUUCAUUUGGUUUGUUUCGUCUUUUUACCAUCUGUCACAGAUAAGGAAUAAAGACACAAUUUAACAUGAA